AUGGACUACGGCAACGCGAGCACGGGCACUACGGCGGCGCCGCAGCAAUAUAACUACUGUCGUUCGGUGUCGCCGCCGUCGAGGGUGUCGUCGUGCUCCCCACCACCGCCGCCUCCUCCCGCCGUCCAGGUGGUGGGCAACGUGCCGCCGAUGGUUGUCAUGAGCCCGUGCGCGGCGUGCAAGAUCCUCCGCCGCCGCUGCGCCGACGGCUGCGUGCUGGCUCCCUACUUCCCGCCGACCGAGCCCGCCAAGUUCACCACGGCGCACCGCGUGUUCGGCGCCAGCAACAUCAUCAAGCUCCUCCAGGAUUUGCCGGAGAGCUCGCGGGCGGACGCGGUGAGCAGCAUGGUGUACGAGGCGGAGGCGCGGCUGCGGGACCCGGUGUACGGGUGCGCGGGGGCGGUGUGCCGGCUGCAGAAGCAGGCCAACGAGCUCAAGGUGCAGCUGGCGCGCGCGCAGGCCGACCUGCUCAACGCGCAGGCGCAGCACGCCAACCUGCUAGCCCUCUUCUGCGUCGAGAUGGCCAACCUCCGCGGCAACCACCACCAGCAGCAGCAGCACCCGUCGUCGCCGCUGACGACGAUGGACGGCGGUGGCGGCGGAAGCGGAUUCGGCGCGGCGUACCAGCAGACGUUUUACGACUCGGACCUGGACUCGGUGACGUGGCCGGAUCACGAAGCCCAGCUCUGGACCUAG